AAGAAAGCUUAGUUUGUCAUUAGAUUUAAUGGUUGCUACAUUGUUUUGUGGUCAACACACUUGAUACUUACACCACAACAACAAAAAAACAUUUUACGAAUAAAAUGUAUCGUUUGAUAGGCGGCUUAAAAAAAGUGCUGGAAUAUUCCAAUCAAACGUAUCUAAAAUUAUCCGUACAAAAUGCAAGUUUUUUAGCGGCCAAAACAUCGGCCGACAAACGUUAUAUGAUCGUUGACAUCAAUAAAAGUGAGAAUACCGCAAAUCAAAGUGAACAAUUCAAAUAUCCGUUGAUUUGGCUACGUGACAAUUGUCAAUGUUCAAAUUGUUUUCAUGACCAAACAAAAAGUCGUACGAUAGAUUGGACUCAAUUUGACUUUAAAAAUGCUCAACCAAAGUCUAUUUCGAUCGAUAAGCAAUUACAAGUAACAUGGAACGACGAUCACGUGUCAACAUUCGAAUCGGAUUGGUUGUACGAACGAAAUUUCACCGUAGAAAAUCGAAAAAAUUAUUUAGAUAAUCAUUAUCGGCCAACGCCGAAGCUAUGGUCCAAAGAUCAAUUUGAAAUGAAAGAAUUUAAUGCGGCCGAUGUAUUAAAAAAUGAUGAUGCAUUACAUGAUUGGUUGAUGACAUUAACGAAAUACGGUGUGGUAAUGUUAAAAAAUGCUGUUUUGACUGAAGAUCAAGUCAGACGAGUUAUCGAUCGCGUUGGAUUCAUUCGCGAAACGCAUUAUGGAAAGGAAUAUGCUGUACGAGCUGAUCCAAAUGCAACAAAUGUCGCAUACACAUCAAAUCCAUUACAAUUACAUACAGACCUACCUUAUUAUGAUUACACACCGGGUGUCACGUUAUUGCAUUGCAUUUCACAAACAAAAUCGGCGGGCGCAUUCAAUUCCCUCGUGGACGGCUUCUAUGUAGCGGAAAAAUUGAAGAAAGAAAAUCCGAAAGCAUUUGAAUGCUUAAGUACAACUAUCGUGAAUUGGUCGGACUAUGGCACCCAAGAUGAUUUUCGAUUUGAAAAAAUUAUGCGAAAGCCGGUCAUUUGUUUAGAUUAUGAAGGCAACAUGAUCCACAUAAAUCACAGCAUACCACAACGAGAUACAAUAUUUUCAAUUGAUGUGGAAAAAGUGGACGAAUGGUAUCAUUCAUUGAAAGCCUACGUUGAUCUAUUAUACAAAGAAUCAGUUUACUUUAAAACUGAACAAGGUUCUAUCUUGGCCUUCUCAAAUACUCGGCUCCUACAUGGCCGGACUGGUUAUGAGGAUAAAGAAGGUAACGUACGUCAUUUGGUCGGUGGAUAUCUUGACUGGGAUGAAAUUUAUUCACGGUUACGCGUUCUAGCAACUGACAAGCGAAAGAAAAGUUAAAAGAUACACAAAAACCACUCAAUAUUUUUGCAGCAACAGUUUAUUUUAAAUAUUUGUUUUUUAACUGGAUUUGUCCAACAUCAUUUAAUCAAUAAUUUUAAAAUGUGUACAAGAUCAUCGACGAGAUGCUGGAUUUGUAGCCAAGAAAAACUAUGAAAAUCAAUAACAAUAAAUUGACAUAUUAUAAUACGAUCAUUAUCGUAUAAGAUCUAA